AUGAUUUUUCUCUGAUUUCUUGUAGUCGGGGUCAGUGCCGAGACUCUAAUAGAGGACGAGCCUGCAGGAAUAUGGGUCACAUAUUCAUUUAUCGCACUUGGACUAGUUUGCUUUGGAGGACUGAUGUCAGGUCUCACCGUUGGAUUAAUGUCAAUUGACGAAUUAGAUCUGGAAUUAAAACUAGCAUCUGGCACUCCAACUGAAAAACAGCAAGCGAGAAAGGUUCUCCAUGUCAUAAAUCGGCAUCAUCUGGUACUGGUCACUUUACUAGUAGCUAAUGCCUCUGCUAUGGAAGCUUUACCUAUCAUUCUUGACACAUUGUUUGCCAAAGCCUUGUCUAUAAUGAUCAGCGUCACUUUUGUAAUGAUUGUUGGCGAAAUUAUUCCUCAAGCUGUUUGCACAGGGCCAAAUCAAUUGAAAAUUGCUUACAAAUUAUGCCCAUUAGUCCAGGUAAUUACAAUAAUGUUUUUCCCAGUUAGCUAUCCUAUAGCAAAACUACUUGACAAAAUUUUCGGUCACGAGUCUGUAUCCAAAAAAAUGGCAUCAGAAGAACUAAAAACUUUUAUAGGACUUCAUCGAUCACUUUCCGAAGACAAUGCGAAAAGACAAUCAGGGCUUCUGCAGGGACAAAUUAAAAUAAUUCAUGGAGCAAUUGACUUAAAAUCAGAAAUUGUAAAAGAUCAUAUGACAAAAUUCGACAGAGUUUACUGUUUAAGUAAUGACACAAUAAUUGACAAAGCAAAAAUUAAAGAAAUUAUCAAAGAAGGGUAUAGUAGAAUUCCAGUUUAUAACGGAGAACACAGAAAUAAUAUAAUAGGGAUCCUAAUGGUAAAAGAAAUGCUGGGUCUUGAAAGAGGAAAAACCUUAAAAGAACUAAAUUUGAAUUUAAGGAAACCCUUUUUUAUGAGGUUAACCACAACAAUGCUUGACUUAUUAGGACAUUUUAAAAAUUCAAAAAUGCAUAUGGCGAUAGUGAAAGAAGACGAUAUAUGUGAAGGGAUUAUCACAAUGGAAGAUUUAAUAGAAAAUAUACUGAAAACUGAUAUCCUGGACGAAACUGACUAUGAUAAGCUCACUGGAUUUGUUGCUCAAAAACUUCUUUUACCUUCAAACCCGAAUCGAUCGAUUAGGCCAAUGCUUGUGACUAGGCUUUAA